AUGCGCAUUAAUACCUGGAUUCCGCUGUUGUGGCCCCUCGCGGCGGCUCAUUCUGUGCCAUUGGGCACGGAAUUCGCACGUCGCCAGCUGCCCAAGGAGCCUACCGGUGUCAAGACCAUCAAAACUGCCAACAAUGUCACCAUUCGCUACAAGGAGCCUGGGAAGGAAGGUGUUUGUGAGACUACCCCUGGUGUGAACUCAUACGCAGGAUAUGUUGAUCUUGCGCCUGAUAAGCACACUUUCUUCUGGUUCUUCGAGGCCCGGCACAAGCCAGAGACAGCCCCGGUUACCCUGUGGCUCAAUGGUGGCCCCGGUAGUGACUCCCUGAUUGGGCUAUUCGAAGAAUUGGGACCUUGUCACGUCAACGAGACCUAUGAUACGUAUCUGAACCCGCAUUCGUGGAAUGAGGUUUCCAACAUGUUGUUCAUUUCCCAGCCGCUUGGCACUGGUUUCUCAUAUUCCGAAGAAGAAGCUGGCUCCCUCAACCCGAUUACAGGGUCGUUCGAACCUGCCGGUUUUGCGGGAGUCCAAGGCCGUUAUCCAGUGAUCAAUGCUACCAUGAUCGACACCACCUACCUCGCUGCUGAGGCUACCUGGGAAGUUCUGCAGGGAUUCCUUGGGGCGCUGCCCAAGCUAGACUCGAAGAUCAAAUCAAAGGAAUUUAACCUUUGGACUGAAAGCUAUGGCGGACACUAUGGCCCGGCAUUCUUCGACCACUUCUAUGAACAGAAUCAAAAGAUUGCCAAUGGCUCUGUCAAAGGCGUUCAACUCGAGUUCAACACCCUUGGUAUUAUUAAUGGAAUCAUCGACGAAGCAAUCCAGGCCCCUUAUUACCCCGAAUUCGCCGUGCACAACACCUAUGGCAUUGAAGCAGUCAACAAGACUGUCUACGAGUACAUGAAAUUCGCCAACGAGAUGCCCAACGGUUGCCAGGACCAGGUUGCCACAUGCAAGGCCACUAACCGCACCUCCCUAUCAGAUUACUCAUUGUGCACAGAGGCAACCAACAUGUGCCGUGACAAUGUCGAGGGCCCAUACUACUCCUUCAGCGGCCGUGGUACUUAUGACAUCCGUCACCCAAGCAAUGAUCCCACCCCGCCCAGCUAUUACGAACAAUACCUCGCCAAAGACUCCGUCAUGAACGCCCUAGGCGUCGACCUAAACUACACCGAAUCCAACGACGAAGUCUACUUUGCCUUUCAGCAGACCGGCGAUUUCAUCUGGCCAAAUUUCAUCGAGGACCUGGAAGACAUCCUCACGCGCCCCGUGCGCGUAGCUCUCAUCUACGGCGACGCUGAUUACAUCUGCAACUGGUUUGGAGGACAAGCCAUCUCCCUUGCCACCAAGUACAAGCAUAGUAAAGAAUUCCAAGCCGCUGGGUAUGCGCCUUUCUUGGUAGAUGGUGUUGAGUACGGAAAGACACGCGAGUACGGAAACUUUUCUUUUACUCGAGUAUAUGAGGCGGGUCACGAGGUGCCCUUCUAUCAGCCUAUUGCGGCAUUGCAGCUCUUCAACCGUACCUUGAAUGGUUGGGAGUUGCCUACUGGGCAGAAGAAGUUGACUUCUCGCUUUGGGUCGAGUGGUCCUGCUACUGCGACGCACACCGAGUCGUCGGUUGCCUUACCGACUGCUUCGAGGGCUGCCGAACUGAAGAGAAAGCACUGA